AUGAAGAAAGUAAAAAAAGGAAAACAGAUUAUACUUUUCCUAAUCAUUCAGAAUAUAUUUAUUUACUGUCAAUCUUUUAGUUUUACUUCAAAUACUCUAACCUCAACUAACCUUGGCAGCAAUUAAAUCAUUAGUGUAACAUAUAAAAGCGUAGGAGUAGUAGCUACUUGCUAAUAAAAUUAGUCUGUAAUAAAGGCCAUAUCUUUUUCGAACACUUAUGCAGCAUCUAAUAAACAAUCUUAUUCAGGUUCUUAAAAUUGUAUUAGUGUUUAAUUCUAUUAAUCUGAUGCAAAUCAUAUAUUUCUAUCUAUUUUUCAGUAAUCUGGAUUCUUAUUAAACUAUGGUGGAAGUUAUAUUAGUCAAUAUAAUACUGCUUUUUCAACUAGUAGCAAUACAUACACUUAAACCGUAUCUGUAUAAAGUUCUGUAUAAAGUGAAGCAGGAAUUUUGGUUGGGUUUUCAAGUGGGGAAAUCAAAAACUUUUUUUAGAAUGUUAAUCAUUAAACCUUUAAUAACUGUACAAACUAAGUCAUAGGACUAUGGUAUAGCUAAAUAUCCUCAGUUAAUUUAGUUUUUGCUGCAUGCGGAUCUUCUAAAAUUUUUAUUUAUGAUAAAAACAUGAUUUCUCAAGGUUAAUCUGUCUAAUAAACCAUUUAUUAUGCUAUAAACUCAUUCUAGAUUACAAAUAAUAUUAAUUUAAUAAAAUUUAUCAAAAUGGGAGUAGAUGCUAACUAUACAUGUGGAGGUGUUUCUAAAGAUGGUCAAACAUAUACAAUGAAUGUUUAUUAUUAUUCUAGUAAUACAUUCAAUAAUUAUAAAUCAUUUCCUCUGAAUAAUGAUUUUGUUGAUAUUUAUGGAUUUACUUCCUAUUUUAUGGUGCUUUAUUAAAAAUUUAUCACAGUUUAUAAUUUCGAUGGAAAUACAUUAGGAUAAUCUACACCUACAUUGAAUUAAUUUACUCUUUUCUCUUUUUUGAAUUAUGGACUACCACUAUAAGCGCUGCGUCUUGCCCGUAUUACUGUAUAUGUUCAUCAGGAUCUUCUACUUGUACUUCUUGUCCAUCUAAUAGUAACAGAGCUAAUUUAGACUCAAAUAAUAAAUGUCCUUGUAAUCCUGGUUUUUAUGAUGAUGGAUCCAGUUAAGCUUGUAUUAAAUGUCCCCUUUCUUGUAAAACUUGUAAUGGACCAAAUAAUAACAAUUGUUAAUCAUGUUAAGAUGGUUAUUUUUUAGUAUCAGGCUAGUGCCAGUAAUGUGAUUAGAGUUGCUAAACAUGUUAAAAUACAAACAACUUUUGUGUAUCAUGUAAUCAAUCUUCAGGACCUAGAACUUUAAAUGCAGCAAAUGGAACAUGUUUAUGCACAUAAGGUUAUACAGAAAACUAAAAUAAAAUUUGUACUUGUAGUAAUAAUUUAUGUUUGGUAUGCAACCCUUAAGAUGGAAGUUAAUGCUAAAGUUGUAAAAAUAAUACUUUAUGGAAUUUAACAUCAGAUAACAAAUGUGAAUGCAAAGAUGAAUUUUACUUUGACUCAACUUCAAAUGACUGUAAAAGUUGUAAUUUUCCGUGUAUAAAAUGCCAAAAUUCUAGUACAUACUGUACAUCUUGUAAAAAUACAACUGGAUGGUAACUAGUAAGUAACUCAUGCUCCUGUAAAGCAGGAUAUUAUUAAGAUUCAAGUUCUAAAGACUGCUAAGCUUGUCCUUCUCUUUGUUCUGAAUGUAACAGUAGCACUUAAUUGUUAAGAAGGAUUCUAUUUAGACAUUUCUACAAAUGAUUGUAAUAGUUGUAACUUUCCAUGUAUAAAAUGCCUAAAUUCUAGUACAAGCUGUACAUCUUGUAAAAACACAACUACAUGGUAAUUAGUUAAUAAUACAUGCUCUUGUAAAACAGGAUAUUAUUUAGACUUGAGUUCUAAAGAAUGCUAAGCUUGUACUUCUCUUUGUUCUGAAUGUAACAGUAGUACUUAGUGUACAUCUUGUAAAAAUUCUUCAUCAAUGUAAUUAAUUAAUCAAAUUUGUAAGUGUAAAGAUGGAUAUUAUUAAGACAUUUCUUCAAACGAUUGCUUACCUUGUCCUCCUCUUUGCUCAGCAUGCACUAGCAGCAAUUUUUGUACUUCUUGCAAAAAUUCUAUGUCUAUGUAGAUUUCUAAUAAUAUGUGCCAAUGCUCAAGUGGAUUUCAUUUAAGUUAAGAUUAAAGAAACUGUACAAAUUGCUCUAAUCUUUGUUAAACAUGCAAUAAUGAUCCUAAUUAUUGUUUAUCAUGUAAGAAUUAACCAGGAUGGAGUUUAGAUUAAAAUAAAAAUACCUGUUAUUGUACUGAUGGAUACUAUUUUGAUACGACUAAAUAAAUAUGUUAGUAAUGCUCAUCUAACUGUAAAACUUGUAAAGAUUAGAGUAGUUAUUGCUAAUCUUGCUAUAAUUCUUAUUACUUAGCAAAUAAUUAAUGCUCCUAAGAAGCCUUUCCUACCAAUAUAUCUUAAAAAACAAUAGAAACAUUAACAUAAACAACUUAAUCUGCUGCAUAUAUUGCAAUAGGAUCUACAACAGCAAGUUCAAUAAUAUUUUCCAUAGCUUCUCCUAAUGGUGGAGCGGUUUAGUAGUUUAUGUCAGUGCAAAAGCUUUAUUUUUUAUUGUUUAUAGACAUUGUGUACCCCCAAUUAAUAUAUGCCUUUUUUAAGACUCUGAGUGGAACUAGUCCUCUAAUUUUAUUCAAAAAAAUAAACUUAUUUUCUUAUUUUAUUUAAGAAGAUCAAAAUUAAAUUAUAAAAUAAACGACUAAUGGUAUAGUUUUUACUUAAUACCAAUAUAAACAUUAUAGAUUGUUGGAAUUUCAAGAUUAUAUACCUAACAAAUUUAAUGCAGAAAAAGUAACUAGUAGUGUUGUUUAAAAUGGUGGAGGACCAAUCAUUUCUAUUUUAGCAAUAUGGAUUUUAGUUUUACCAAUAUUUUCAAUAAACUAUCUCAGAAAAAAGAAUAAAUAUGGGAAUCUUUUGAAAAGCAGUCCUAAAGAAUCUUCAUUGUACACUUAGGAUGUUACAACUAAAGAGAGGAUUUAUUACUAUUAUAAAAGAGUCAUUAGUAUUUUGACAGUUAUGCUACAUGAGACAAUUAUUAUUGUUUUGUCUUUCUCAGUAGUUCUUCAGAUUAUCAUCUUACUUAACCUAUAAAAUAAUUAAUUCUGA